GUUUCCUGCUUUGCCUAUGCAUAUGUCCAUUUCCUACCACCGUAUAAAAAAGGUAUUACAAAAGUAAUACAAACUGUAGUAAUAAUUAUGUGAACUAAUUACCACCAAACAUGGUAGUGAUUAUGCAUAUUGUUAAAUAUUGAUGAAUUAACUUUGUUUCUAAUUUUAUUACAACACUGUACAUUCAUAUACACUUAAAAUCAAUCACUCAAAUUAACAGUUUGUGGUUAUGAUAGAGAAAAAUGCUGUAGUCAUUUCAAUAAGGAUACUGUUUUUAAGAGUUAUUUUAUUUAGCGAAACAGUGAUAAGCCCAUCUUUCUUCCCUAAAGCAAUGGCUCAUUUAACCACUAAGUCAUACACUCACAAAUUUAAAAAUUAGAGUGAUCAAUUUAUGAGAAUCCCUCACGUAUACCCUACAUUUCUUUGCUAGAAUUGUUUUUAACUUUUUAAUAAAUACCAGUAAAUGCUUGUUGAAUAAGUGAUUUUUGUAGCAUAUCAAAGAAUUACCAGUAAGAAAAUAUUUGUGUGGGGAAGUGGAUUACUUUCAAUGUAAGAUUUGAUAUGAUAAUAAUUUAUUUCUGGAAAUAGCUUGCCUUGUUCUAUAAAAAGUUUGAAGUGUCAUAUAACAACUAUAUGAUAAAAGUAUGUCAGUAGAAGCAGAAUUUAAAACUUUAGGAAAAAAGAAUACCACAAAUAGAUUAUAAGUGCAGCAUAGUUUCUCUAAUUAACUUUCAAAUUUGGUUUUGGGUUCCCUAGUAGUCAAAGCAAAAUGGUAUACAGGAUCUUACUGAGAAGAGAAGGUGUUAUCAGUUACCCAAAGGAAACAUAGCAUUUCUUAGCAAUGAAUGAUAAAAACAAUUUCUUAUGUGAGUUACUAUCACAAAUAGUAUUUUAGUAGCAAGUUCAAUAACAUUUUAUAUGACUGCAUCUGGUAAUGUCAUCUGAUUAGUUGUUUUUAUAUAGAAAUGAACAAGAGUGUGGUAAAUUAUUAUGUUUUAUUUUUACAGGAAUCUUGGGAAACCAAAAUGAGACAUAAUCAGCUGUGUUGUGAGACACCGCCUACUGUCACUGUUCAUGUAAAAUCAGGGUCAAAUAGAUCACAUCAGCCUAAAAAAACCCAUUAAUCUGAGCGUCCUAUUUUUAAAGAUAGUUGGCCAGCAUGAAAAAAUGCACAUAAUAGCAACAAGUCUAAACGCCCCAAAGGACCCUGUCUAGUUAUACAGCGACGAAUGACUGCUUUCUUUAAAUUAUUUGAUGACGAUUUAAUUCAAGAUUUCUUGUGGAUGGACUGCUGCUGUAAAAUUGCAGACAAGUAUCUUUUGGCUAUGACCUUUGUUUAUUUCAAGAGAGCUAAAUUUACCAUAAAUGAGCAUACCAGGAUAAAUUUCUUUAUUGCUCUGUAUCUGGCUAAUACAGUUGAAGAAGAUGAAGAAGAAUCCAAAUAUGAAAUUUUUCCAUGGGCUUUAGGGAAAAACUGGAGAAAAUUGUUCCCUAAUUUCUUAAAAUUAAGGGACCAACUCUGGGAUAGAAUUGACUAUAGGGCUAUUGUAAGCAGGCGAUGCUGUGAGGAGGUUAUGGCUAUUGCCCCAACCCAUUAUAUAUGGCAGCGGGAACGCUCUGUGCAUCACAGUGGAGCUGUUAGAAACUACAACAGAGAUGAAGUUCAACUGCCCCGAGGACCUAGUGCCACCCCAGUAGAUUGUUCACUCUGUGGUAAAAAAGGAAGAUAUGUUAGACUGGGAUUGUCUUCAUCAUCUUCAUCCAGUGAUACAGUAGAGGUGAUGGAGAAACAUUCUCAGGAAUCACACAAGUCAAUGGACAUAGUAGUCAAUCCUUCUCAAGCUUAUAGCUAUUCUCAAGCCAACGACCAUCAAUCAGACAAAGAAAAGAAAACUAAUUUUAUGAAGAAAGACAAAUCUAUGGAGUGGUUUACAGGAAGUGAAGAAUGAAAUGGCUCAACUAAACCAACCUGGA